AGUUUUUAUUUAAAUUAUUAGAAGAAUAGGUAUUGUUAGUAGUUAUCAUAAACAAUUAAUUUUCAUCAUUAUUAUAGUUAAAUAUUUUUGGAAUUUCAAAUUUCAAGCAAUAUCGCAAAAGCUUAAAUAUUAGUCUCUAAUUAGCUUUUAUUUAAAGAUAUGUAUAAGCCAUAGUAUAAAAGUAUAGUUACUUCUAAAGGUAGCAAUUUAGUUAGUUCGGGAUUGCCUUAAGGUAAUUUACAAAAGGGAUCUUAGUCAUAGACUAACAUUAAGAUUACAAGUUAAUAAUAUUCCAACAACUCAAUCGGAUUGUUAAAAACUAAUGAUUAAUCUACUUCGUCUAUAAUUCCUCCAUUUGAAACUUAAGUCACUUCUAACUCAAGAUAACUUAGUCAUGCAGAAACUGUCAAUUUAUUUAAAAAAUAGUCUGAAAAUAACCCAUCUAAAUCUAAUAAUUAAAAAACAUCAAAUAACAACUCAAAACUAGGUCAAACUAAUUCUCCAACAAGUAUAUUAUAAAAUGGAUCAAGCAAUAGCAAAUUAGCUAAUUAAAAUUAAAAUUCUUAAAGUACAACUACUAUAACUCCAUUUAAUAAGUAUUCCUAAAAUUACCUCAGUAAAGUCAAAAACAUUUCGCUAGGCUAAUAAUAAAGUUAUUCUUAGCAAUUUAGCUCUACAUCUUAAUUAAAAGUUUCUCAAAAUGGAUUUUUUAAGUAGCCAAGUUAAGGCAGUUAGUAAGGUAGCAUUCCCAAAUAAGAGACUACCAAGCAAUAAAACAGCUCAAAUAAUACUAACACUUCUUAGCAAUCAUAAAAUUAACCUUAGCAAAUUUUAUAAAAUCAGUAAAACUCCAAAAAUGUUCAGACUAGACAUGCUAAAUUAGAUUUAUUUGAUAUUUCAAAAGAGGAAAAUCAUCAAUCAUAAUAAAAUAAUAAUCAUUAAGAAGAGACUUAAGAUGAGCAAGCAUUUUCAAAAUAAUAGCAAUAGAAAAAAGAUGUUUCUGAAAAAGAAUAUGAGAAAGCAUCUUCAGCGCUUUAAAUACUAAAAUCAAAAAUGAAACGAGGCGAGUCUUAAAAUGGAGAUUAUGAAAGUUAAUAAAUUCACAAGCAAUAAGUGUAGGAUAAAAGCGAAAUAUAUGAUAAAAAUGUGCAUUAACAAACACAAAGAGGUUCAGAGCUUAUCUGCGAAUCAAAGUGGUUUUAGGCUGAAAACGAUUAGUUUGAUGAAAAGCCUUUACACUAAAGCAGAGUCCCUCUAUAAGACAAUAAGAACUAUGAGCAAUAUGAAAGGAGAGGCAGCAAUAAUAAUUUAUAUGAUCAUAAUGAAAAUAAUCGCAAAAGAUAAGAUUAUAGUAAUAACAGAAGGUAGAACUCUAACAUCAACUCCUAUCAAGAUGAAAAUUAUCACUAUGAUUAGAACUAUAAAGGUAAUAAAGGAAGAUAAAGUUUAGGUGAUGAAGAGAAUAGAAAUUAUUUUAACCGUCCUAAAACUGUAAUGGAAAAUCCUUCAAGCCAGAAUUAUUGCUAUGAAGGCUAACAUCAUAACGAUUUUAGAUAAUAAAAUGACUAAUAAAUGCCUUCAAAAACUUUUUACAAUUAAGAAAAAAACCCUAGAAAUAAAAAUUAUUAUGAGGAGGACAGAGACUUGCAGAAAAGUGGUAUAAAUAAUGUAGGAAGGGAUUAAUAAUGGAAAGGAAGAGAAAUGGGAAAUAUUAUAUCUUACGACUAAUUUAGGUAACAAAAUAUGAAUCCACAUAAUAACGAAAAUUAAUUUUACUAUAAACAAUAACAAAACUACACAGAUAAUAAUCCAUAUAGAGAAAACUACAGAUAGUAAUAACCUUACAUAGGUUAUGAUGAUAAAGCUAAUUAUUAUGGUAAUAUGUAAAAUAAUAAAGAAUUCUAUGAAAAAAAUUACCGCAUGAAUGAUUACAAUGAUGACAGAAAUAGAAACUACACAGGCAGAUACGAAUAAUAUGAUAACUACCCUCCUCCUUAGAGAAUGUAUGAUUAUGAUGAUAAUUAUAAUAAAUAUAGAGGACAGCAUUAUAAUUAUCAUAAUGAAAGAGAUUAUUAUAAUUAUGAUUAAAAUAUGGAGAGGAGUUAAACCUUUUAUCCUCCUUAAAAUAGAUAUUAUAAUGGCCCUCAUUACCCUCCUCCACCUCACUAGUACUACGGUAAUAACAGUUAUGAGAGGGAUUACUAAAAAUAAAGGAGAGUUAGCGAAUUUAAUUAGGACUAUGCAGAUAAUCAUAACUACAGCCAUUAUAGAAGAUAAACUGAAUUAGAAGGAUAUAGAGGAGAAAUGUAGUAUGAUCCUUCUCGUUAUCAGGUACAAGAUGGCAUUUAAAAGAGCUAAGUUAUUUAUGAGUAAAGUACUAAGAGAGAUACUUCAAACCCUAGACAAAUUCACAGAGAAGCCAGAUAAGAUUAAAACUAUCUCUCUGACAAUUAUCUAAGAGGAUAAAGAAGUAGGUCUCCAAUUAAUCACAAUACCCAUUAAUCAGAUAAUCAAAGAUAUUAAAAUUAGAUGAAGAAUACAAGAUAAUAAGACUAAUCUCCCUUUAACAGACAUAUCGACACGAAAUAUCCUCCUAAUAAAAAUUUCCAAGGACCUUAGCAAGAAGAAUAAGAAAUAUUUAAUAAUAAUAAAAAAAGUGUAGACUAAGAAAGAUAAAAGAAUUAGUUAGUUAACAAUUAUGUAAGACCUGAAUAACCUUAAAAUAAUAAUAAGAGGUAUAGCGAUUAACCAGAUUACUUUAAAACAGUUAUGCAAGACGAAAGAAACCAAAGAAAUUUAGAUGAUUAAUAUAACAUUAAAGCUGAGUAAAAAUACGAUGACCCAUAUUCAAAAAAAUCACACUUAAAUUUAUAAGAAAAUUAAAAACAAGAAAAUAGACAAAAACCUAACAAUUUAAUGUCUGAAAAGGAAUAUAAAAAUAAUGAAACCUUAAAGUCUCCAAUAAAUAAAUAGAAAAUUCAAACUCCUGAUGAUCAAUAAAAGCAGCAACAAGCUAAUAUUAGAGCUUUUGAUGAACAGAAAGGACAAAUUACUCCUAGUCAACAUAAUUAAAACUAUAAUAUUUAAAAAAGCUCCAAUGUUAAUAGAAAUUUAGAUUUUGAUGAAAAACCUAAAUAAAUGUAGUAAUAAAAGGAGCAUGUUAAAAAUUUUAAUGAUAAUCCUAUUGGAGUAAAGAAUAGUAAGAGUUAGAUUAACUUUGAUGAUACUCCAGUAGGCACUAAAAACAAUAAGAAUAUUAAUAGAAAUUUUGAUGACAUACCAGUAGGUAGUAAAAAUCCUUAAAAUGAAUUUGAUGGAUUUGGAGGAAAAGCAAACAAAAAUUAUUUUGAAGAAUAGCCUGUAAAAUAGAAUAAAAAUAAUUAUGAUGACAUUCCUGUUGGUGCUAAAAAAAAUAACAUCAAUGAAAUGCCUCCAAGCUCAAAGUAUAACAAAAAUAAAUAUGAAGAGAUGCCAGUUGGCUCAAACAAAAAUAACAAUAAUGAAAUGCAAGUGGGAAAUAGAAACAAUAAAAAUAAUUAUGAUGAUAUCCCAGUAGGCUCUAAAAAUAACAAAUAUAAUUAUGAUGAUAUGCCAGUUGGCCCUAAAAGCAGUAAAAAUAACUUCGAUGAAAUACCUGUAGGUCCCAAAAAUAAUAAGAAUAAUUUUGACGAAACACCAGUUGGUUCUAAAAAUCAUCAAAAUAAUUUUGAUGAAUUUCCAGUAGGAAAUAAAAAAGUAAGCAAUAUUAACAGCGAAUAGCCAAGCAGAGAUAUAAAAAGAUAAGGAAAUAAUAACUAAAAUGAAAAUGGGAAUAAUAUGCAAAAUAUCACAAAAUAAUAGCAAAAUGGACAAUAAUAAUAUAACAACAAAAGAAUAUAAAAUAAUUAAAGAUUUAAUAGCUAUGAAGAUGAUGGGAAUGAGUCAAAUGUAGAUGAAGGACCUACUUAUUUAAAUAGUAAAUAGUUGCAGUCUAAGGAUGUAAAGACUCUUCAAAGCAACUAUGAGUCUAAUGACGAUAGACCUAUAUAAUCAAGUUCUAACGGAGCUUAUGAUCUUAAAAAUAUUCCACAAAGCAUGAUGUAUGGUUAAUCUGCAUCUUAGAAUAAAUAAGGCGGUAAUUUAAAUUAAAGAAAAAACAACUAAUAGAACUUAAAACAACAAUAAAUGAUGACCUAAUAACCAUAAUAGGAUUAAUUAUUUGAGUGCAGUUAAGGUUGUGGAAGAAAAUUCAACUAAGAAUCUCUCCCUAAACAUGAAAAAAUAUGUAAAAAGGUAUUUUAACAAAAAAGAAAAUAAUUUGAUUCAUAAGCAGCCAGAUUGAAUAUCUCAGGAAUGCAGGAGUUAGACUAACCUCCAUAAAUUAGUAGCAAAUAAUAAAAGAAGAAUGCAAACUAGAAUUAAAAUAAGAAAGAAAAAAAUGAUAAAAACAGCAAUAGUAACAAACCUUCUUGGAAAAAGCAAUCUGAAGCUUUUAGAAUGUAAUUAUAAUAAUAAAGAACAGGUGAGGCAGCUGAUCCUCAAAGCAGUGCCAUGAUGCAAGAAGCCCUUGGAUAUGUUGGAUGUAAUUUCUGUGGAAGGAAGUUCAACAAAGUAGCAGCUGAAAGACAUAUCCCAUUUUGCGAAAAAAAGGCAAAAGAAAACUAAGUAAAAGGAGUUAAUAACAAGCAAGCAGCUAAUAAUUAAAAUUAAAAUACAAAAUAGUAAAUGAAAUAAAGCUAAACUCGCUUAUAAACUAACCAAAAUACCUUUAAUAAUAAGAGACACUGA